AUGCCGCACGCCAUUACCGCCGUGAGGCAGAACACCAAUGGCCUUGACGAAUACGAGAAAACUGAACUCGAACUACUACUCAAGACUAAACUCGAGGGUGUACCUUCUCACCACCUCCCCGCUCUCAACAUUGCAGAUAUCCUCGAUCAAACCCCAAGGGCGUCACUCCUCCCCAACAUACCACCAGACAUCCAACUACGAUUCUUCCUCCACAACCGUGCCACCAUCGAGAACUACGCCAGGAAGCCAAUCAAAGACGAGGGGAAGCAGAGCUUUGAAAUAACGCGGGCAAUCUGGUUCUACAGGCUCGACGAAGCACACCAAUUCCAACGUUUUCAUGACAUCAUGCGAUGGAACACUGCGAUUUAUGUCGCGUUACUUGCAAUACACUCAGAGUCAAAUAAAUGGAAACACUCUAUCCACAGCGAAGUAAAAGUAUCCGGUCGUCAGCGUAGCAGCAAAGACUCCUACAGCCCGCGCAACAGCAAAGACACAUACAAACCCAUUCAUCCCGCCGCCAUCCACUUCAUAACCCAAUACCUAGCCGCCGUCCUCGAACACCACAACACACCCACGUCCAGCUUCACCGCCCGCGAGUCCUUCAUUCGAGCUUGGAAAUCGGGACCUUGGGAUCUUUUCACGGUGUUUGGCGGUGCGCAAAAGAAGCUGAUGAAGAGUGCUAUGAAGAGACUAAGUAGGGACUGGGAGGCUGAGUUGGCUGUUGCAGAGAAACAGAUGGACAGGGAGCAAUAUGAAAGGGAGGUGGGCAAGUUUGUUGGGGGGUUAGUGCCUGGAAGGAAAGAUCAGGGCAUGCGUGUAUGGGAGGUGUCAGCGGAGAAGAAGGGUGGGGAUGGAGACGUUGGCAUGGGCGACGGAGUUUCCAGUGAUCAGAGUGAAGACAAGGAGUUGAGUCGCAAUGAGCUACUGGAAGCGCUUCUCUCUCCAUUUGUUCCGCGGACUAAGGAGGUCGGGAAACAGGAUGAGGCGAGAGUUAGGACUGGCGUGAUUGAGGUCGGAGGAACGCCAGUUACGGACAUGAGGUAUGCGAUUUCCACUGUACAAGGAGUGGAACCGAGAAAUAUCUUGCCGGCUCUUAUCCGCUUAUUCCCAGAGUAG